GCCCAGAAAUCUAGAGAGAGGAGCUUUUUGGUUCGGAGUCCAGAAGAAUCCCAAUGUCGGUCACUCUCCACACGAAUCUUGGAGACAUCAAGUGCGAGAUCGCCUGCGAUGAGGUUCCCAAGACCGCCGAGAACUUUUUGGCACUCUGUGCUAGUGGUUAUUAUGAUGGGACUAUAUUUCAUCGAAACAUCAAAGGUUUCAUGAUUCAGGGUGGAGAUCCUACUGGCACUGGCAAGGGUGGAACCAGCAUAUGGGGGAAGAAGUUCAGUGAUGAAAUCCGUGAAUCCCUCAAGCACAAUGCAAGAGGCGUACUUUCAAUGGCAAAUAGUGGGCCGAAUACAAAUGGGAGCCAAUUUUUCAUCUCUUAUGCAAAGCAACCUCACCUGAAUGGACUCUACACUGUAUUUGGAAGAGUGAUCCACGGAUUUGAAGUUCUCGACUUGAUGGAAAAGACGCAAACAGGACCUGGUGAUCGACCGCUUGCAGAGAUCAGGUUGAAUCGGGUGACGAUACAUGCAAAUCCUCUUGCUGGAUAGUAUGUCUCUUGUUCUUAAAGUUUUGAAAUAUAUUCCCCUGGUGGCUUCUGUAUUAGGAUCAGGAUUUGAUGGUUAAAGUAGUUUUUACGUUGAAGGUCUGUACGAGAUAUCCAACGAUGCAUUGACAUAUACUUGAUGCAGUGAGGGGGCUAAUUUUAAUUUUAUCAUUAUUAUUUUUGUAUGUAAAUUGGUGAAGAUCUUUAUUAGUUGGAAUCAGAUUUCCCGUGUUCUCUUUGUACUGUA